AUGUUUUCCGGAAAAGUGUACUCCACCUUGCAGCUGGAAACAGACGGAAAACUCCAGCCAGCAGUAGAUUCGGCGGCUAGCUCUGCUGCUAAACACAUGAAUAGCCGUAAGUUCCGGUUAUUUGUAACGGAUAGAAAUUCAGGACUAAAGUUCUUAGUGGACAGUGGAGCAGAUGUAUCAUUGCUGCCAGCAAAUUCUACAACAAAGGGAUCUUGUGAGUACAAAUUAUAUGCUGCUAAUGGGACAGAAAUACCAACUUUUGGUAUAAAGGUGCUUACUUUAGAUUUAGGACUGAGACGCCCAUUUCAAUGGCCGUUCAUCGUUGCCAAGGUAAGCAAAGGCAUAUUAGGUGCAGAUUUUUUGAAUCAAUUUCAUUUAUUAAUUGAUAUAAAAAAGAAACAGUUAAUCGAUGGCAUUACUCAACUUAAAGUCUCAAGUGAUAUAAUGUCAAUUGGUGUUGAUCAUGUUAUAUCUACCUUAAAUAAUUCUUUCAAAUUUGUUGAACUGCUACGUCAGUACCCAAAUAUCACUAAACCUAAUGUGCUAAAUAAACAAACAAAGCAUAAUGUUAAACACUAUAUUUGUACAAAAGGCCAACCUGUAUAUGCACGUGCACGACAGCUAGAUGCAAAGAAACUGAAACUGGCAAAGCAAGAAUUCAAGUUUAUGCUUGAUAACAAUAUUAUCCGACCAUCAAAAUCCCAGUGGGCCAGUCCUUCUACAUUUAGUAAACAAAAAAGACGGAACACUUAA